AUGACCAUGAAUACCGAAUAUGAAAAAGAUCAUAUCAAAAAGCUGCAGGAGCAGCGUAUGUCCAUGCAAAAGAAAACCUUUACCAACUGGAUUAACAAUGUCUUCUCCAGGAAUAAUGUGAAGGUUGAGUUAGAGGAUAUUUACACAGACUUGAAAGAUGGCAUCUCUCUCAUGAAACUCCUGGAGCUGCUCUCAGGAGAAGUUUUGCCCAAACCAAGCCGGGGAACUAUGAGAGUGCAUUUUUUAGAGAACAACAGCAAAGCCAUCUCAUUUCUGAAAUCCAAGGUACAAGUAAAAGUGAUUGGUCCUGAGAAUAUCGUAGAUGGUGACAGAACCUUAAUCCUAGGACUUAUCUGGAUCAUCAUACUUAGAUUUCAGAUUUCAUCUAUCAAACUUGAUAAGGAAGAAUUUGGAGGCAGAGCUGAUGUUCUGUUUGCCAACGAAGCCUUACUACUCUGGUGUCAGCAUAAAACUGCCAGCUAUUCCAAUGUAAAUGUGAAGGACUUCUCCAGAAGUUGGAGUGAUGGGCUGGCUUUCAAUGCACUCAUACAUGCUCACAGGCCUGAUCUUAUCCACUAUAGCUCACUGAGGCAGGACCAGCCCAUUAAAAACCUGAACAAUGCCUUUGAUGUUGCUGAGAAAGAAUUUGGAAUCAGCAAACUGCUUGAUGCUGAGGAUGUGGCUGUGCCCUAUCCAGAUGAGAGAUCCAUCAUGACUUAUGUGUCACUCUAUUACCACUACUUCUCCAGACUGAAACAAGGCCAGACAGUACAGAAGCGACUUACCAAAAUUGUGUUCUUCCUGAAGGAGAUAGAUGACUUGAAGCUUCUGUAUGAGCAGAUGGUCUCUGACCUCCUGAAAUGGAUUAAGCAGAAGGUGAUGGAACUGGAUGACCGUCAUUUCCCCAACUCUCUUCAGGAAAUGUGGCUGCUCAUGGCCAACUUCAAAACCUUCCGCACUGUGGAGAAACCCCCCAAAUAUCAAGAGAAGGGCAUGAUUGAAGCUCAUCUCUUCAACAUCAGGACCAAACAGAGAGCCAGCAACCAACGGCCAUACUUGCCCCCAGAGGGGAAGAUGCUGCAGGAUGUGGAAAAGCAUUGGAUCAUACUGGAAAAGUCAGAGCACAACCGGGGAAAAGCACUGCAAAAGGAGAUGCUUAGGCUAGAAAGGCUGGAACAGUUAGCGCAGAGGUUCCUGAAGAAGGCAGCCCUGCGUGAGUCCUACUUAGAAGACAUGAGGAAAGUUAUUGGGAAGCAGGACUUCUGGCCAGAGAGUGUGGACAGGAUGGAGGCUGCCAGUAAGAAGCUGGAAGCCAUUGUGGCAGAUGUACUGCCCAGGAAGGAACGCUUCACAGCUUUGGAUGAAAUGGCCACUGUUAUUAGCCAAGAGAACUUUCACAGCAAAGAUCAAAUCUUGAAGAAGCAAAAAACCAUUUCAAAGCAAUGGCAGGAUCUCCUGGAUCAGCUGCAGAGACGAGAACAAUCCCUGGGUACAAUGCAGGAAAUUCUUGGCCUUCUAAGGGACAUUGAUGCCAUUACAGAGGAGCUGAAAGAGCUGCAGGUCCUAGUGAAUUCCCAGGAUUGUGGUAAGCAGCUCCUGGAAGUAGUAGAUUUGCUUCAGAAUCACAGCUUGAUUGACUCACAGAUCUCUUCCUAUGGUGGUAGAUUGACACAUAUCACCCAGAGGACAACAGAAAUCAGCAAGGACAGCACAGUUAAACCAGAACUGCUUUAUGCAAAAGUUCAGAUGCUUCAUCAGCUGUAUCAAAACCUUACAACUCUGAGCAAAUCACGAAAAUCUCAGCUAGAAGAGGCUUUGAAGCUCUUUGAAUUCUUCCGUGACUGCAAAGAGGAGGAAUCGUGGGUCUCUGAGAAAUGGAAGCUAGCAAGAACUACAACAUUAGGGAAAGAUGUCAGCCAGAUUACAGCCUCUAUUCAGAAGAACAAGGCUCUUGAAGCAGAGUGCAAUUCCCACAGAGCCAUAUGUGCGAAUGUGAUGAGGAGGGGCUGGGAGCUCAGCCAAAAGAACCCCGCUCGCCAGGAUGACAUUCUGAGGCAGACAGACAACCUCCAGAAGCUGUGGCAGCAGCUCCAAAAUGAGGUGGCUGAUCGCAAAAGCCGCCUGCAGGCAGCAGCUCUCAUCAAACAGUACUUUGCUGACAUCGAUGAAGCAAAUUCAUGGUUGCGAGAAAGGCAGCCCCUUCUAGCCAGCAAGGACUAUGGAAAAGAUGAAUCGAGUGCAGAAGCACUGUUGCAUCGUCACUUGCGCCUGGAGAAGGAGAUUGCAGCCUAUUCCUCUGAGAUGACACGCCUGAAACAGCAGGCUGACAUUGCAGCACAGCAAGCUCCAGCUGCCGUGAUGAAGAGGGAAGCCCCAAGUGACUUAAAUCAAAAGACAACUAAGCUACCAUUCAGUCGAACCUGGGAAACAUCUGAAACUGCAUCCACUGGAACCUUAAGUCCAGAUGUUCAUUUUCUUUCAGAGAACAUCUGGAAAACCCAAGACGAAAUAGAUUCACUUUAUAAAAAUCUACAGAACAUGGCUGAGAACAGAAAAAAGGCUCUGGAGGAGAUGAUUGGCUAUUACCGCUUCUGUAGCUCUUGCGAAGAAUUUCAGUCAUGGAUGAAAGAUAAAGAGAACAUUUUCCGGACUCUUCAGCCUCAAGCAGACAAUGUGGAGGUCAUGCAGCAGAAAUAUCAGAGCUUUUUAACGGAACUGGCUGCAGGCAAAGGCCAGCUGGGAGACAUUGAAAAAUUAGCAGUUAAAUAUGGGAAGAUCAGUCCCAGCAAAUAUUCUGAGAUGCAAGUUUGGCUGGAAGAGAUGAACAUCAGUUGGAGGCGCAUGGAAACUCUGAAAGAGGAAAAGGGCUCCGAACUGAUUGGAGUGGCUGAUGUGAAGACAUUUCUUCAGGACUGUCAGAGCAUAGGAGUACUACUGCAAGACAAGAUGGUCCAACUCAGGGAUCUGGAACCAGGGAACUUGCCUGCUGGGCUGGAGUCAGACAAGCGCAAACUGCAUACAGUUGAGAGAGAGGUCCUGGUGAUAGAGAGGAAAAUUGAAUACUUGAGGAGUGUUGCAAAGUCUAUUAAGGACACCAACCCCACAGAGAGCAAGGCCAUCACUGAGCAGGUAGAGAACAUGGAGAGGCUUCUGGCAAAGCUCAAGCUGGAGACCCAAAAGAAGCAGGACAUUCUGCAGUGGGCACAAAAUCAACAGUCCUUUCUGCAAGACAGCCGUAGGCUUCUACUGUGGGCAGAAGGUAUUCAGGAGAAGCUGAGAAGUGAAGAAAUGGGUGUGGAUGUGGCUUCUGCAGAGCAAUUGCUGAAGGAACAUCAAGACCUGCUGACAGAAAUUAGAUCUCAGAAAGAAAGAUUUGUGCAGCUGGAAGAGCUAGGGCACAAAGUAAUCCACCAACAACCCAGUAACAGCAGGACCAUGGACGUCCACCAGUCCAUGGAGAGUCUGGCCAAGGAGAACAAAGAACUGCUGAAAAUGUGGGAACAGCGAUUGAAAAAGCUGCAGGAUGGCCUAGAAUUGCAGAAGUUCAAUAGGGAAGGAGACCGUAUCAAUGCAGCCCUCUCUGGCCAUGAGGCCUUUCUCCGGGGAGAUGACCUUGGGGACCAUGUAGAUGCUGUUCGAAGCCUGCUGAAGCAACAUCAGGAAUUUGAACAAGUGCUGGUGGCACUGAAGAGACGAGUUGAAGCACUUAAUGAAAAUGGGGCGAACCUCCUAGAGAGCAGGCACUUUGCAUCUCAUGUCAUUGAAGAAAGAAUGGUCACUCUCCAGCAAAGGUGGGAGCAGCUGAUACAAAGCAAUGCAAAGAGAAAACAGAGAUUGUUGGAUUCCCUGCAGCUACAGGAGUUUAAUCGUGAUACUGCUGAGCUUUUAAUAUGGAUGGAAGAGAAGUACAAGAUUGCAUCGGAUGAAUCCUAUCGUGAUCCAACAAAUGUUCUACGCAAACUAAAGUGGCAUGAGGCUGCUGAGAAGGAAAUGUUGGCUAAUGAGAAGCACUUUACGACACUGAUAAAGAAAGGAAAUCAGUUGAUUCAAGACAACCAUUAUGCUGCAGUUUCUAUCCAGGAGAAGAUGUCAGAGCUUCAAAAGAACUGGAAGGAAUUGUACGGCAAGAUGAUAGAGCGAGGUGACAAACUGAGACAAGCUGGACAGCAAGAACAGCUCAUGGAACUGCUCCAGGAUGCCAAAAAGAAGAUAGAGAAAAUUGAGAAAGUUCUUCAGGAACCUGAGACAGGCCACGAUUUGCGCUCCAGCCGUAAUCUACUCAAGCAGCACAGACAGCUGGAAAAUGAGACAUAUGAGCUGGCAGAGAAAAUGAAUGCUAUUGUAUCUCAUGCAAGGAAAAUGGCCACCAAUCACUUUGACUCCCAGAGGAUUCUGGAUGAAACACAGAAAUAUCUGAAAAGGUUUGAGUCUUUGGAAGCACCUCUUUAUGAGAGGCGUAAGUUGCUGGAAGCUGCAGUGGAUCUUUAUGAGUUCUACCAUUAUCAUGACAUGGAAUUGAACUGGAUUAAUGAGCACUUGGCUAUUGCCCAUUCCACCAACUGUGGGAAGUCCUUGGAUGUGGCUCAAAACCUGUUGCAAAAACACAAGGAACUGCAGGCAGAAGUGACUGCCCAUAAACAGCAAGUCCAACGGGUCCUGGAUAAAGGAAAGACAAUGGUUGCAGGCCAGCACCCAUCACCUCAGAAAAUAAGUGAGAAAUGCCAGGAGCUUGUGACUGCCUGGCAGGGCUUGGAGAAGUCCUGUGAGGAAAGGAUGAAGCAGCUGCAGCACUCAGUUGGCUUCCAGGAGUUUUUAGUGAAUACUUCAGACCUGGAGGCUUGGAUUGCAGAAAAAUAUCCACUUGUAACAAGCAAGGACUAUGGUAAAGAUGAAGAUGGAACACUGAAACUCAUCAAGAAACAUAAGGCACUGGAGCAUGAGAUUGCCAUUUACCAAGAUUUAAUGAAAGAACUGAGCGAAAGUGCCCAAAGUCUUCCUCUUGUGGGCUUCAUCCAGUAUACUGAGGUUGAUGCACCAAAGGAACAAGUUCGUUCAAGACUCCAGGAGUUACAGGAGCUAUCAGCAGCAAGAGGGAAGAAGCUGGAUGAAACUCUUGUCUUGCAUGAGUUUGUACGAGAAUAUGAAGAUCUGGAAGACUGGAUCACUCAGCAGAAACAAACAGCCAGCUCUGAAGACUAUGGAAAUGAUUAUGAACAUGUCUUGCAACUUUGUGCCAGAUAUGACACAUUCCGACACCAGUUGGAAGCAGCUGGGAAAAGAGUUGUGGCUUUCCAGCAGCUGGCAGACCACUUGCUGAGCUGCGACCAUUCUGGGUCCCAGGAAAUUCGGCAGAUGCAGAAAGAGCUAAGGAACUCUUGGGAGGAGCUGUUAGAAAUUACCAGAUUACGAGGUGCACGGCUGAGAGACGCUGAGGCAAUUCACAAGUGUUACCAAGAUCUAACUGAUGCUCUGGCACAUAUUGAGGACAAGUCCAAAAGUAUUCCAGAUGAUGUUGCUAAGGACAUGAGAGGUGUGCAAACCCAGCUCCGCAACCAUGUGACCUUGGAACAUGAGCUCUCCGGUAAUGAGCAGCAGCUGCAGGAGCUGAUCCACUCUGCAGAUCAUGUGCUGCCUCACUGCUCAAAGAAGCAGGUGGAAGACCUAAAAGCAAAGCAGCAGGCAAUAGUGACCAACUGGAAGACUCUGAAGUCUAAAGUGGAACUGCGCAAGAAACUUUUGGAACAAAUAUACAAGCUUCACGAGUUUCAGGCACAUGUGUGGGACUAUUUCUUAUGGACAGCAGAAAUAAUAAGGGAAAUGAGAGCCAAGGAGACCAUUCGGGACAUAUCUACUAGCAGCCUGAGACUUACUCAGCAUCAACAGCUACUGGCAGAGAUUGAAGCACGAGAAGAGAAGUAUAGUCAUACUGUACAGCUGGGUCAGUCACUCCUGCAAGAUGAGGAAAUGGGAUCAAAAGAGAUUCAGCAGAAACUACAGGCUUUAAUGGAAGAGAAGAAAAAUGUAUACAAUGCAUGGAAACAGAAGAAGGAGUGGCUGGAGAAAAUACACCAAGAACAAAUGUUCUACAAGGAUUGGGACCACUUGGACAUGCUCCUGAAUUCACAGGAGAUUUAUUUGAAAAGCAAUGACCUCGGAACCUCUGUAAAUGAAGUAGAGCAACUGAUAAGGAAACAUGAGGCUUUUGAGAAGCUUCUGGCAUCACAGGAUGAGAAGAUGAUAUCUCUUCAAGAACAGGCAAGCAGGCUGGAAAAGGCUGAUGGACUGGAAGGGCGAAAGAUUCAGCACAAACUGAAUGUCAUUCAUGAGAGGAAGCAUCAGAUCAAGAAUCUAUCCCAGAAUAGGAGAGAGAAGCUGCAGAUUGCCCUUCUUCUGGCACUUUUCUACCAGAACUUGGAAGAGACAGAAGACUGGAUCAGUGAACGCAUGCAGAAGUUAGAGGAUCCUUCCGUACAAGACCCUAGCAAUCUGCAGGACAAAAUGAAGCUGCUGCAGAAACAUCAGGUCUUUGAGGCAGAGAUUCUAGCAAAUGAAGAAAUCAUCACAGCUGUUAAUAAGAAAGGAGAAGCCCUGAUAUCAAAAGGCCACCCAAAAUCAGGAGAGAUCCGUCGCAAAGUCCGCUUGCUUCAGGAGCAUUGGGAGAAGUUGAAGAGAGCUGUUGCUGCUCGUGGAAAGAUGCUGGAGGACAGUCGGGACUUCCUAGAAUUUCUCCAGAAGGUGGACCAGGUGGAAGCCUGGAUCAGGGAGAAGGAAGUCAUGAUUAAUGUAGGUGAUGUGGGAAAUGACUACGAACACUGCCUGCAACUCAAGAAAAAGUUGAAUGAGUUCCGGGGAGCAACAUCAGGGGAGUCAACAGUUGACGAUGCUCACAUCAGGACUAUCAAUGCCCUGGCCAUGAAACUGGAGAGACAGAACAAGGAAGAGACAAAGACAAUAUACGAGCGCCGAAAGCAUCUCAAUGAGAAGUGGAACAGUUUCCAUGGUAACCUGAACGCAUACAGGAAGAAAUUAGAGGGAGCCCUAGUGAUUCAUGCCUUAAUCAGAGAAAUAGAUGACAUCACAGAAAGAAUUACUGAGAAGAGUGUACUUAUACAAGCACUGGAUUAUGGAAAAGAUGUGGAAAGUGUGGAAAACCUGAUUCGAAGACAUGAAGAAAUGGAGAGAGAAAUCAGUGUUAUAAAGUCCAAAAUGGAGACAUUGGAAUUGGAAUCUUUCCACCUUUCCACAAGGAAUCCAUCCAUAAAUGACAAACUGACUAUGAAGCAACAGGAGAUGAAAAACAACUGGCUACGACUCCAGGGACAGGCCAAACAAAGGAAGGAGAAGCUGGCAGCUUCAUAUCAGUUGCAGAAAUUCAACUUGGAGAUGAAGGAGUUACUAGACUGGACCCAAAACAUCAGAGGGUUAAUGGAAGCAGGGGGGCUUCCUAAAAGCGCAAAUGAAGCCGAAAGUAUGAUUGAGGAGCAUCAGGAGAGAAAGGAGGAGAUUGAAGCACGAGUGGAAAGAUUCAACUCUCUCAGUGACUGUGGUAAAGAACUUGCCAAUUCUGGUCACUAUGCAACCCCCGAGAUUCACCAGUCCCUCUCCAGACUACAGCUAGCCUGGUCUGAAUUGACCCAAGCAUGGAAAGAGCGAUAUAUAAAAUUGUUUCAGGCACAAGACUUACAGAAAUUCUAUGGCUAUGUGGAACAGAUUGAGAGUUGGCUCAGCAGCAAAGAAGCUUUCCUAGCUAAUGAGGACUCAGGGGACUCACUGUCUAGUGUGGAGAGCCUACAGCAGAAACACACACAGUUUGAAAAAGCACUGGAAGUUCAGAUGGAGAAAAUUGAUGAAAUGGCUUCAUUUUCUCAGCAGCUAGCACAGAACAAGCAUUAUGACUCAGACAACAUCACCAACAGAUGCCAGGCCAUUUUGAGGAGAAAAGAGAGACUACUGGAGAAUGCUGCUGCUCGCAGACAUUUGCUAGAGGAAUCAAGGCUUCUGCAGAAGUUCCUGAGGAAUUCCUUUGAGGUGGCUGCCUGGAUUAAUGAGAAGAAUAGCAUUGCCCAGGAUGAUAGCUGGAAGGAUCCAAGCAAUCUGCAGACCAAACUGCAGAAACACCAGACUUUCCAAGCAGAGAUCAUGGCCAAUAAGAAUCAUCUGGACUCCAUCAAAUCUGAAGGGGAGAAGAUGCUCCAUGAAAGGCACCAUGCCUCAGAAGCCAUUCAGUCCAGACUACAAGAAAUGGAUGAGCUAUGGGAGGAACUGCUAGCAAGUUGCCAGGAGAAAUGGACCAAACUGCAAGAUGCUUACAAGGGUCUUCAUUUUCAGCGAAGUGUAGAGGACACAGAGAAAUGGUUGGAAGGUGUGGAAAAUGAGCUGAAAGCACCAUACAGUAGCAAUGAUCUGGUGGUUUUGAACAGUCAUCUGAAGAAACAAGAGGAAUUGGAGGAACAUAUUGCUGGCCACAGGGACCGGGUGCAAGAGCUUGUGGUCACAGCUCAGCAAUUCCAGAAGGAGAAACACUUUCUUGCUGAUGAACUAGAAGAGAGAGUAGAUCAACUGGUGCAGAGAUACAAAAGAUUACGUGAUCCUCUGCAGGAGAGACGCGGGAAUCUGGAGGCAAGCAGACUUCAGUACCAAUUCUUCCGAGAUGUUGAUGAGGAGUUGGCUUGGGUUCAUGAGAAGCUCCCCCAGGCUUCCUCCAGGGAUUAUGGCCAAUCCCUGGCAACUGUUCAGAGUCUACAAGAAAAGCACCAGAAUUUGGAGAAUGAGAUAAACAGUCGGGAUGCUUUGACCAAAGCAGUGCUCAGUACAGGACAGAAACUGGUAAGGGGAGGCCACUCAGCCUCCCUCAAGAUUAUGCAGCAUUUGAAGGAACUUGAGACUUCUGUAGAAAACUUGAAGGCAGAGGCUCAAGAGAGGAGACUGAGGCUCAUGCAGUCAUAUGAGGCCCAUCUGUUCCUAAAUGAGCUACUGGAGGUGGAGGCAUGGCUGGCAGAGAGGAGUUUCAUUCUGGAUACCUUGGAUUAUGGGAAGAAUGAAGAAUCCACGCAAGUCUUACUUCGUAAACUUGAAGCUACCAAACUGGACAUGGAUAGUUUCAGGUCCCGGAUCGAGAAAGUACAGGAGACAGGUGCCAGCUUAAUAAACAAAGACAGUCCAGAGAGCUCAGUCAUACUUUCAAAGCUCCAGGGGAUCCUAGCAGACUACCAGUCUCUCCUACAGAAGUCUGAGACCCAGAGAAAAUGCCUACAAGAACAAUUCCAGCUCUAUCAGUUUGAAAGAGAAUUCCAGCUGGUGGAUGCAUGGCUUUCCAGUAAACAGUCUGUAGCAGAGUCGGAUGACUAUGGGCAGGACUUAGAUGAUGUUGAGGUGCUGGAGAAAAAGUUUAAAGAUUUUGUAAAUGAGGUGAAACCUCUGGGACAUUCUAAAGUUGUCUCCUUAAAUGAAUUAACAUCUAAACUCUCUAAGGAAGGCCAUAGCAAGAUGGACAUUAUUGAGACAAGAACAAAGCAAAUCAAUGAAACCUGGGAGAAACUAUGCCAUGCCAUUCAGAUGAGGACAGAGAAUCUAAGAGCAGCAUGUCAAGUUCACCAGUACGAUCAUGAUGUGGAUGAAGUAAAGGGCUGGAUGCAGGAGAAAGAGGCAGUGGUGGAUAUAGAAGAUUAUGGCUAUGAUCUUCCAGGUGUACAGACACUUCUCAGUCAUCUUGAGGGAGUAGAGAGAGAUCUAGGAGUCAUCAUGAAAGAGCUGGAACGGAUUCGAGGAGAGGCUUGGCACCUCAGCCGCACAUACCCUGAAGUUAAGGAAAAUAUCAUGGAGAGACUCACAGAUGUGGAAGAGUCCUGGGAAAAACUGGACAAAAAAUUUCUGGAGAGGAAGGCAAGACUGAGUCAGGCAGAACAAGUCCAGCUCUACUUCAAUGCCUGCAGGGAGCUGAUGACCUGGGCCAAUGAGAUGCAUGCACUAGUGAUAUCUGAGGAACUGGCAAAUGAUGUCCUGGGAGCUGAACUGCUUAUCAAGCGUCAUGAGGAAUACAAGCGUGAGAUAGAGAAGCAGUGGCUAAAAUAUGAAGAAAUGCAGCGGGCAGGAGGUGACCUGGUGAAGAAUGCACAUUUCAUGUCUGUGGAGAUUGAAGAAAAACUGUUAGAGCUGUCAGAGCUGAUGAAGAAGGUAAAGGAGAGCUGGGACAUGAGGAAAGUGUUAUAUGAAGAAAACUGGGAGAUUCAAUUGCUCCGCAGAGAGCUAGAACAAGCAGAAGCAUGGCUGACUGCCAAGGAGAGCUUUCUUUCAGAUCCUAACUAUGGAGAUUCAGUGUCUGAAGUAGAGGAAUUACUGAAGAAACACCAUGAUUUUGAGAAGAUGCUCGCAGCACAGGAGGAGAAAUUUGCUCAGCUCAGCAGGAAAACUAAGAGAGAAAUGAAUCUUCUGAAACAAGUGGACACAGAAGACAGUGAGCAUAAGGAUAAAGGCAAAGUUGUACGGGUUCCCUCUCUGAAAAGAAAAACAUCUGACAGAAGGAAUACACCACCAAAAGUGACAGAGAUAAAGAGCACAAUGCCACUGCCAUCUGUGCCCUUCCCCAGCCUGUCCUGGAGGGCCCCACUUGAAACUAUUUUCUCCCCUGUUGAAAAAUCUCCAACAAGGUUCCAACAAGUCAUUGCUGAGGAUGUCCCUGAAGUGCUGAGCAGCAAAAAAACAGAAAUGAAAGCUGAAACAAGGCUCAGUGAGAUUAUCCCUCCACCUACACCAAAGAUGGUGGGUCCACAAGCUAGUUCUUUGGAAAGUCACGGUUCUUUAAGCUCUCCUUUGUCUCCCACUCCUAUAAACCAGCAACACAGUAGCAGUUUGUCAGAAUCUCGUGCCACAGACCACCUAUCUCCUCAAGAAAAAAGCGCUAUAGGCUCCUCUAUCUUCAAACUAAUGGCAACACCACCCGAGCCUGGACAAAGGUCCCUAGAUAUAUCACCAAACUUACUGCUGUCUAACUCCUCUCGGGAGAGACUAGAGAAUACGUCUUCGGUUUCUGCAAGUCUCCAGAACAUGGAGGGUUUCUUAGAGAAGAGAGACCAGGUCCUUCCAGGAAGACAACAGCCAGGUUCAAGGUCUUGGAAAUCCUUCUAUGUAAAACUUGAUGGAUUAAAGCUUGAUUUCUAUAAUGAUGAAAAAGAAGCAUCUAAGAACACAUCCACACUCCUCUCCCUCAGUAUUGCAGGCUCCAAAUGUGAGAAGCUAAUAAAUUACACCAGGAAAGAGAACAGCUUCAUGUUGCGGUUGAGAGAUGGGGCAGAGUAUUACUUUGCAGCACCUUCUCAGACACUGAUGGAGGACUGGCUACAAUCACUACAGAAUAAUAUAGGAAACAGCAACAGAUCACAUUCCACAGUGAUGGUGCAACCUUUCACUUCAAAUACAGAGACCUCCCAGAAAAGACUGUGGGACUUUACAGACAGGGACUCUGCUGAAAGACUGACCAGCAAAAGCUCACUCGUGAGGAGAACACCAUCCUUCAAAAUCAAAGCGGAGAGAAAGUCUGCAGAAUUUUCCAGAUUUUAAGGAAGAUGAGACUGCAGGGACACAAGCCUCCAUCACCACCCUAAGUCUAGAACAAAGUGGAAAUAAAACAAAACUGCUUCCAUCUCUACUAGAAGCAGGAAGAGAAAAAUUAUAUUUGCCUCAAGGAAUACCAGAUCAUUAUAUCUUAACUCAGCCCUCUGGAAAUAUAUGGAUAUGUUUUAAGGUAAUCGGUUCCCUUGAAACUUUUUAAAUUAUGUAUUAAA